GAUGCACCCGCUGCACAUCGACGCUGUCACCUGCGCUUAACUCGACGUCGCCAGGGAAUAGCGAAGCUACGGAUCAUGUGUCAGCCCAUAAACAUUCCUUGAGAACAAUCUUCUGCAUCUGACCAUUCCGUCUAGGCAGCUGGCAACGAGAUCACCGUAAUAUUUGGUUUUGCGGGGGAUACUGGCUGCUGUGGAACCCGCUCAUUCAGUAGGAGCGACCGAUAGUUGGCGAUGGAACGCGCACCAGCAGCAUAGGCACAGUAAUCGAAUCAACUGCCAAAAUUACGGCCGGAAUCAAAUACAACUCUCUUUCUCCCUCUCAAAGGAGAGACAGGAGACUUAUCAUGUCGGCGAAGGAGAGGUUGAAAGGAAAGCUGACCAAAGACAGCGUCACAUUGCUACCUUGCUUCUAUUUCGUAGAGGUAGCUGCCUAUCCUGGCCUCCUCCGUGGUCAGUCUCUACUUCUUGGAGUGGACCGACGUGUUCCGGCCCGUCACCGCGGGUUACAGCUGCAAUGACCGCAGUCUGAGCAUGCCCUAUGUGGACCCCGCCCAGGAAGUCAUACCGUUCCUCAUGCUCUUCAGCCUGGCCUUCGCGGGACCUGCAGCCACGAUCAUGAUAGGAGAGGGGAUCUUGUAUGGCUGUCUGUCCAGGAGGAGCUCUGGGAUGAAGACAGAGGCCAGCAUCAACGCUGCCGGCUGCAACUUCAACUCAUACAUACGCAGGGCAGUUCGCUUCGUAGGAGUGCAUGUGUUUGGGCUGUGCGUGACGGCGCUGAUCACAGACGUGCUGCAGCUGUCCACAGGGUACCACGCCCCUUACUUCCUGACCGUGUGCAAGCCCAACCUGACCGCUCUCAACCUCACCUGCGACGACCACACCGCCUUCAUCAUGGACGAUGUCUGCUCAGGCCCCGACGCCGCCAUCAUCAACGCUGGCAGGAAGUCCUUUCCUUCUCAGCAUGCUACUCUGGCAUCAUUUGCAGCUGUCUACAUCUCAAUGUACUUCAACGCCACGCUGACGGACUCCUCCAAGCUGCUGAAGCCCCUGCUGGUGUUCAGCUUCAUCAUGGUGGCCAUCAUGGCCGGCCUCACCAGGAUCAUCCAGUUCAGGAACCACGCCGUCGAUGUUUACUGCGGCUUCCUGCUCGGUGGCGGCAUCGCCCUCUACCUGGGUCUGUAUGCGGUGGGUAACUUCCAGGCCAGUGAGGAUCUCUCCAGACAGCAGGCAGCUCCCCCCCUGCAGGAGCCCCCCAUCUCCUCCCUCCCCAACCUGAGCCAGACCGCCGGCCGCCGCCUGGGCCCCAGCACCCUCAGCGACGGCCUCUCCCCCAGCCAAUCAGAGGGCCUGCUCACGCGAGUGCCCUCCCACCGCGAGGCCUCAUUGGCUGGCCUGAAGAGGCAGAGUGCGGAGGUGGAGGUCAUCACGCCGCCCAGCCCGCUGGUCAACCAGGACAGUCUGGUCACCUUCAGCAACACCCUGCCCAGGUCUCACGGAGGCUCCGCUCCCGAGGAGAAUCACCGCCUGCCUCGUCGCCACGCCUCCAUCCACGCCUCCAUGGACUCCCAGCGCUCCAAGCAGCUGCUCUCGCAGUGGAAGACCAAGAACGAGAACAGGAAGCUGUCACUACAGGUGAUGGACAGUGGUGUUGUGCUGGGCCGAUCUUCCUCCUCCUCCUCUUCCUCUCCUCAGAGGAACAUGGAGCUCCGCUGCAGCUCUGAGCCCUCCGCCAUGGGCCUGGAGGCGGAGCUCCGCGCUGGGGCCCACGUCCCUGCCCAGUACCGCCAGCUGGCGGCCAGCGCCGUCCCCCUGACCAAUCACAACCACCUCCCACACAACGGCAGCAGCGGAUUGGCCGGAGGCGCGCGGGUCUCCAUCCAAUCGCGGCCCGGCUCCUCCCAGCUGGUGCACAUCCCGGAGGAGAUGCCGGAUCACAUGACCCACAACCCCGCCCCUUACCAGGACGAAGACGAAUCGGAGGACAGCAACAUGGGUGGAGGCUUAGGCGGCGGCGGAGGCUCGGUGCGGGCCAAGUGGCUGAAGGUGGCGGAGAAGGGAGGCGCCCCCUGCAGGCAGGGAGGCCAGCCCAGGAUCAUGGCGGUGAUGGCGCUGUCCAAACAACAAGGCAUGCUGGCCAACCGGGACCGGGACCGGGAAGGCUCCGAGGACGGGAGCACCGUCAGCUGUACCGGCUCCAUCCGGUACCGGGCGCUCAACGAGCAGGAGCCCAGCCCCCCGGGGCCCCCGGGGCACCCGGGCGGGGGCAUCGUCCGGGUGGAGGCUCACCCUGAGUGCAAGCCGGUGGUGCGGCCCCCCAGCACGGACGGAAGCGGCUCGUGGCGUUGGAAGCCUCCGGAACAACGCGGCAGCCUGCGGCAGUCCACCUUCGAGCUCAACGACCUGAACCGCGACUCAGAGAGCUGCGACUCGCUGAGGGACGGGUACCCGGGCUCGGUGGACGGCAGGCGCAGCGUGGCGGGGAUGGACAUGGGCAGCGAGCAUGGGGGAGGAGGGGGGCAGCAGUACCAGCCGUACCCCCCCUCACACCCUCACGUGGUCCACCCUCUGCACCCGCACCACCCACACCACCAGCAGAGCAUCACCACCAUCCGGGUGACGCCGGUGGAGGGGCUGGGCAGCGAGACGGGCUCCGACACGCACUCCGUGGCCUCCAGCCGAGACUCCACCCUGCGGAGGAAGGGCACCAUCAUCCUGCUGCCGGAGAGAGGCCCCAGCCCCGACAACACCAACCGCCUCUACUACCCCCGCGCCUCGCCCUCGCCCUCGCCGUCCCCCACCCUGGGGAUGUACAAGGAGACGCUGGGCCUGGCCUAUAAGGAGUGACCAACCAGCCCUGACCCUGCCAACUUUACUUCUGUACUGUCCAAUUAGAAGAGGGCAGGCAGCUUUCACCCCACCCCAUAACUUUUCCGCUGGCCAAUAAGGUGUGAGGUGACAGCCAUCACUCCUGGUUGGUUUACAGAAAACAGUCAGCCUCUCCGAUUGGUUUGUGGCCUUCAUGAGCCAAUGGACAAAAGGCUGGUUAAACCACAGGAUCUACCAAUAGGACUGCUGCAGUACUAGAGAACACCAAUGUGCUGGGCAGUCCAGUUAGUCCUUCUGUGUGACAAACUCUGAAACACACCUGCCUGCAUUUGGCACAUCCUGACCAACAGGUCAUUUUCUGUACAAGAUGAGUUGUCAUUGGUCUAGAUGCCAGUGUGUUUAUUUGUCAUUCGAUCGAACUCCUGUCUGUGCAUUUGUGAUUGAAGGACAGUAACUUAAAUGCGCACACACACACGCGCACACAUGCACACACACAUGCUGUGGUCCUUAAUGGUCAGGAUGCACCAGUAUAGGGUCUGUUCUGGUGUUAACUGGAUACUGUACAGUCACUCUCUGAUACAGAAACAUACUACAUCUCUUUGCUAAAAGCACAAAUAUUCUCAUUUUGUUAUCAAAUAGAAUAUUAUCAGUAACAUUCGCUGUCCGCUUGCCAUGCUCUAAACAUGUUCUACAGUGUUGCAUUUUAACCAACAUUUUUCAAGACAAUGGAAGCAUAUAUUCUCUAUAUAGUAACUAUUUUGAUCUGUCAUAUUGAUAUCAAAUUUAUUUUUAAAAGACAGACUUAUAGCAAAUCUGACAACUCUACCCUAUCAGCUGGACAAAUGUAUCUUCUAGUUACAACAAAUAUGAAUGCAAUUUAACCAUUUACAAAAAAAUUCCAUGCAACUGACUCAAUUCCAAUUCAGGCUGUAAAUCAAAUGGUUACCAUUGUAAGAAACGACAUUUGUAACGUAACCAAAGUGACUUAGAUUGCUUAUUUUUGUCAUGACAUUAACUCAUACAUACAUAUAAUGUGAAGAGAAAUGUUUAUAUAUAUAUUUUGUUUUGUACAUAUUUAUAUGACUAAUAACUGAGGUGCCAAUCCAGUGUUGUACUCAUGGGCUCUAGCUGCAUACCGAUGCUAUAUUUACAUAUGUAGGUUUCAGGUUUCUUAACGGGUGAUGAACAGCGCAACUGAACCAAUCAUCAUUUGUACGUGCCGUUUGUAUCGACCAAUCAACAAAUGGUCUAUCUGUCACAGUCAUACAAAUGUAACUUUAUUAACAACUCCAAUACAACUUGUUAGAUGCACUAUUUCUACAUGUGCCAUAAACUAUCAUAUUACUAUACUGCUAGUCCUAACCUAAUAACUAGUGUCCUAGUUUUACUAUUCACAUUUUCUUAACCCGUUAACAAAUCGAAUUCUUAUCUGUAUGCAAGUAGACUGGGAGUAUUAAUUAACCUUGAAUGUUUUACAGACAUGUGAACUAGGAUCUUUGAAGCAGAUUCCUUUCAUAACUGUGCCAAUAGCUUGUGGUUUCCUGUAACUCUGAGGAUAUUUAUGUACUGAACAGAAUACUACCUAUUAUGACGGUCCUGCUGGAAGAGACCACUGCAG